AUGCCCGAAUCUACUUCAGGGGAAUGGUCAGCAGGCUUGCACGCUGUAACUUUAGUGUUUGUGUGUUGCAGCAUCUCAUACAUCUGGUUCAGCGGAUUUCUUGGAAAUAUUUGGAAAGGAAUCCAGCUUUACUUGGACGACAUCGCCCUCCAAACUGCUACACCAUAUAACUCCGAAUGUCCAAUUUGUGCCGAUCCCUGUGAGCAUCCAAUCAUGAUCGAUUGUAAACACCAGUACUGCAAACGCUGCUUGGUUGACAUGUGGGAUCACUCAAAAAGUAUCAAUCGCUCUGCAAUGGUGAAAUGCUGUAUUUGUAGACAACAGAUCAAAAACCUUGUCUCCGGACCAUGUACCAAUACAGUUCAACACCCGAGUCAAUGUAUGGAUUGUGGACUCCGUCAUCAAUCAGUCGAACAAUACAAAGAAUGCAUCAUACACGCCAACUACACAGCUGCAAGACUUGCAAGAAACAAAACAAUGAUUUUCUGA